UCAUUGAACGAAUUGACAAAUUGCCCAAACACGUGAUUGUCAUGUGACUUUCAUAUGACAAAUAAACACAGGACUAACCGGGAAACUCUUUAUUCUACUUCUGAGCUGGAACGAAAGUGACACAAUGUUAGGCUUUGUUUCCACCAAUGGCAUCAUUCUCCUGAGCAUGGCAGUGCUGUGUUCCGCCAGGAGCGCCCUUAGAGGAAUGUUUCCAGAUAAGCAUCCGCCCAUGCUACAGAAUGGAGUUGACCCAGGGAAACCUUUGUUCCUGACCCCUUUUGUUGAGAAAGGACAGUUUGAUAUGGCACAGAAGCUUAGUAGGGUUGGACCCCUAGAUGGGACAGAUGUGGAAAGCUAUGCAGGAUUCUUCACAGUCAACAAAACUACCAACAGCAAUAUGUUCUUCUGGUUUUUCCCAGCCCAGACUAAUCCGGAGACCGCCCCAGUGGUGCUGUGGCUGCAAGGUGGACCAGGUGGUUCCUCUCUGUUUGGCCUGUUUGUGGAGAAUGGACCCAUCAUGGUGGACAAAGACUUCAAAUUGAGCAACAGGAAAGUCACUUGGAAUACAAAAUACUCAAUGAUAUACAUUGAUAACCCUGUUGGAACAGGGUUCAGUUUUACAGCUAAAGAUGAAGGCUAUGCCAAAAAUGAGCAAGACGUAGCCAGAGACUUGUACAGCUGUCUGACUCAGUUUUUCCAAGUUUUCCAUAAAUAUCAGAAAAAUGACUUUUAUGCCACAGGAGAGUCCUAUGCUGGGAAGUAUGUCCCUGCCAUCUCCUACAAGAUACACAUGGAGAACCCGUCAGCCAAGACGAAGAUUAAUCUGAAGGGGCUAGCCAUAGGGGACGGUCUCUGUGACCCCGAGUCUAUGAUGGGACAGUAUGCCACCUUCAUGUACAGCAUUGGAUUACUGGAUGAGAAACAGAGAGCAUUCUUCCAGGACAUGACAGACAAGGCCACUGUGUUCAUCAGGGGCAAGAACUUCAAGGCAGCAUUUGAUAUUUUUGACACACUUUUGAAUGGUGAUCUGACCCCCAAUGCGCCCUACUUUUACAAUGUGACAAACAUACAUAACUACUACAACUUUCUUCUCACAGAGGAGCCAGAAGCAUUUGGUUACUAUGGUAACUACCUGGCCAAGCCCGAGGUAAGAGCGGCCAUACAUGUAGGUAAUCUGACCUAUAACAGUGGGACACAGGUGGAGAUUCACCUGAUCAAUGACGUCAUGGACACCGUCAAACCCUGGAUAGCUACUCUCAUGGAGAACUACAAGGUGAUGUUUUAUAACGGUCAGCUAGACAUCAUUAUCCCCGUCCCUAUGACGGAGUUCUUCCUACUGUCCAUUGAUUGGUCAGGCAAGGACCUGUACAGGACCACGGACCGUGUGAUCUGGAGGGUCAACCCCAGCGACAAAGAGGUGGCCGGCUAUGUCAGGGUCGUCAAGAACUUCUACCAGGUCAUCGUAAGAAAUGCAGGACAUAUUCUUCCUUACGAUCAACCAGAGCGAGGCUAUGACCUAAUUCAGAGAUUUAUAGAAAAUAGAAGUUUCCACUAAGAUAUUAAAAAAAACUCAUUUUUUGUACUUUUUUUUUUUACAAAAAUGUAUUGCAUUUGAUUAAACUUUAUGAAAAUAAAUAUUUAAAACAAC